UUCCACACAAAUUAAUAUGGCACCUAUUGUGUUGAAAAUCAAGGGAAAUAAGACUUUUUCUCCAUUUUCGUCACUUGAUUCAGAGGAAGAUCUUUCAAGAGCAUGGAAAGUUUGUACCAAAGUCAGAGACUCGCUUGAACAUGGUUCUCGUCUUGAGAAUUUGUCCUGGCGUCUAUGGUUUCGGCAGCAAGAAGGUUUCAAAAAACUUUCGAUCAAUACAGCGAGAAAGCUCAGUAGCCAGUGCUCUCUCGUACCAAUUACUAUUAAGGACGAACCUAUUGACGAACAACAGGUUUACCCCUUGGACAAUAUUCCUAUUCAAUCUUUCCAAAACUCGUUCUAUAAUAACGCACCACAAAACAACUUUUUGCCCCAAUUCCCACAACAACAGCAACAACAGAAUAUCGAAUUAGACGAUCUCUUCAAUGCUUUUAACACUGGUUUCGAUAUGUCUACAGCAAACAUGGAUAUGGCUGAUGGUUGGGAUUUUGGUAUUCCCUCACCUACAAAUCCAUACUAUUCACCUUCACAAUCUAAUACGGAAACACCUCCAUUACAGCAACAACAGCAACAACAGCAACAAACUACGAUUCAUGAUAAGAGUAUAAAUACCAGUCCGAUUCUAUUAUCUGGUUUUGAGCAACAAACGUCACAAAAUGAAGCGGGUGAUGCCAUGUAUGUUUCAGGUUCAAGCAUGCCACCACCACCGACAGCUACACUGCGCAACAAAAUAUUGGGCAAUAUAGGACUAAAUUCAGCUCAGUCGUUUCAUCAAACACCACCCAUGUCUGCUUCUUCGAGUGCUUCUACUGCAGGCAGUAAUGCUUCUGUGCAGGUCAAUAACAUGGUAGUAGACGAAGCAAACCGUGCAUUAGGGUCACACAUACAUGGUUUUGAACAAAAACGGAUCUCGGCUUCAGCACCAAAUUCACCACCAGCGCCAUCAACUUUACUUGAGAAACCUAAACGGUCAAUAGCAUCAUGUGUAUCCAAUAUAGACAGUCAAACUAAACCUAUAUGUACAAAUUGUGGGGCCACAAGUACGCCUCUUUGGCGAAGAUCAGCCGAAGACGAACUAUUAUGUAAUGCAUGUGGAUUAUACCAAAAAUUACAUAAUGCACCAAGACCCAAGACACUGAAGCCCCAUAAUGCAAGAAAAGAAGCCCGGGAUGAUGAGACAUCUCAACUUGUGUGUAGCAAUUGCUCAACAACAACAACACCCUUAUGGAGAAGAGAUGAUGAAGGGGCUCCAUUGUGUAACGCGUGUGGUCUAUAUCUAAAACUGCAUCAUGAACGUCGACCUUUAUCAAUGAAAACAGACAUCAUUAAAAAGAGACAGCGAUAUGAGAGCAGUGUCAAUGCAACCAAUACAGGAAGAAAGAAUAGCAAGAAAUCAAAAACUGAUCCAACACCUCCACCACCUCCAGUAGUAUCACUACCAUUAUCAUUACCAUCAUCCAAUGACACGCUAGUUUCUGAUUCAUUUCCACCUAUGUUUUCGACUAAUGACAGCAGUAUUAAUAUAGGAUUUACAGACAAUUUUGAUACGGAUGAUGGGACAUUUACAGGAUACCAGCCAACAUCAUUUGCAAACUCAAGUGAUGUGAUGUCCAACAAUUAUUACUAACAUUUAAGCUUGCAUUAUGAUCAUUCUGCAUUUACCUUUACUAUUAUAUAUAUAUAUAUAUAUAUAUUCACAAUUUAUGAACCCAUUUAUUUACUCGACAUAUUCUUAAGACCUCUUUUUUUUUCUUUCUCU